CGGUCAUAUGCACAGCUCCGUUUCCAUUCUGGCAAGAUGAAAGAAAUGAUUAUGAACCAAGAGAAACUUGCCAAACUGCAGGCACAAGUGCACAUUGGUGGGAAAGGAACUGCUCGGAGAAAGAAGAAUGUGGUUCAUAGAACAGCUACAGCCGAUGAUGAGAAACUUCAGUUUUCCUUAAAGAAACUAGGAGUAAACAAUAUCUCUGGUAUUGAAGAGGUGAAUAUGUUUACCAACCAGGGAACAGUUAUCCACUUUAACAAUCCUAAAGUUCAAGCAUCAUUGGCAGCAAACACUUUCACUAUUACAGGCCAUGCUGAGACAAAGCAGCUAACAGAAAUGCUCCCCAGCAUCUUAAAUCAGCUUGGAGCUGACAGUCUGACUAGCUUAAGAAGACUGGUGGAGGCUCUGCCCAAACAACCUGUUGAUGGAAAAGCACCACUUGCCACUGGGGAGGAGGAGGAGGAUGAAGUUCCAGAUCUCAUUGAGAAUUUUGAUGAGGCUUCUAAGAAUGAGGCAAACUGAAUUGAGUAUCAACUUCUGAAAGUUAAAACUUGAAAGUUACAUGGAGCUGCUAUUUUAUAUCAUGUGACUGCUUUUUCCCCUUUU